AUGCCCAACGACGUCGUCCGCCGGAAUCGAGCCGGCAAAGCCACCCGCGAUCGCCGCGCGAGAGAGGAAGCUGAUGCCCGCCGGGAAGCAAAUUUCUACGAUCCAAAACGCCCCGAAUUACUUCCCCGUGGCGCUUUCUCGUUAUUGCAAAUUCUACGCGGCCCUCGUGCUGCGCCACUGCCGGUCGUUUCCCAGUGUAGCACCUCUACAUCCGCACCCCCUCUGCCUUCACCCCUAUCGAAGGUGCCGCAGAUUAGUCUUCCCGAGCCCGCAGCCCUCUUUCGACCUCGUACGAAAACCUCGGUUUCGCGUCCCGUAACUCCCAAUCUUGCGCGCGACCUCGUUUUACCAGUCACGCCACCCCUCAACGAACCACCACCUACCCCAGGAAAGUGGUGUUCGCCCAGGUCCCCUAAGACCAACACACCGUUUGAUACUAAUUCACCGCGGGUUGCCGCCAACCUACCGCCACCUUUGGGAGAAUCCUCCAGACGCAACCCGGAUACCGACGACGAUCUGCUCCUCAUACCUAUCGGUUCCUCUCCGGAAACCUUCUCACCCUCUCCUUCUGGACCGUUCCACUCACCGCCAGCUCCAAGCCAUCCUUCCUACCGAAAUCUCCGUUUUUAA